GAUGGCGAUUAAUGCAAGGCGUCGGCAGGAUGAUAAACUACGUCGCGGCCUUCAAGUCCGUGUCCAAUCGUCGGUGACCUCCGAGACUUUUCAAAUUUGAACUGCAAAAUCGAUCGACUGUUAUUGUUUAUAAGUCCGACGCGAGCUCGCGGUAGGUCGGAUCGGCGAAGGACCCGCGCGUGUCCGCGCUGCCACGGCGACGAUGAAGAGCCGCUGACUCGCUCGUGCUCGGGAUUGCCCGUUUGCUGUUCGCCGCGAUCGGAACAAAGGACCCUUGCGAUGUUUACGCCGAUCAGAUCCAAGCCCAAGGGCUACGGCACCGUGCUGAGUGACACGGUGGUGAAUACGCCGCAGCCGCAGGCCACGUCGACCGUUCGUAGAAAAAGCCCGCUGGAGAACAGAUUCAGCGACAGGCGUUCGAGCGAGGAGAAGGUCAGGCAGUAUCCGUCGUACGAGAAUGAGCUGACGCCGAGAGCGGACGCUUCGUUAGGUCUUCUCAGAAUGUCAGACCUCAUGAGCAUAAGCGCAGUGGGGGACGAACAAAAAGUGAAUUGUCCCAAUUUAGAGGAGCUCUUGUGCGCUAGGAAGAUUCUCCAAAGGUGUAGCGAUACAAAAUGCUCCACGUUAACCACAGAUACAAAUAAAGAGAACAAUGCUAACGUGCAAAAUAUAACAGACAAUGUACCGGCUUUCAAUUGUGCUAUGCCAAUUGGGACGUCCGAUAAGGUGUGCUCAACGAACGAAGUCUGUACGAUCAGUGAUAUCUUUGAACCCAGCGAAAUCAGUGCGCGAUCAUCUGGUAUCAGUAGCAGUGCCAAAAGACAUUCUCCUGUAAACAACUUAUUUGAUGGCACCGGUAUCAGUGAAAACGACAUAAUAGCGCAACUUAACAACGAGAUGUUUGCAGAUAUCAAUAACGAAGAAUUUCUGUCUGGCUCAAAAAUGGCCGAACGUCUGUUCGCCGAUCAGGCUUGCUGGCAGCAAAAUAACACAUAUAGUAUGCCAGUCGCGAAUUCAGGAAAACAGAAAGUAAACGAUAGCAACUUCUCUGGUUUCAUGGGAGAACAAGAUCUAACAGUAGACUCUUGUGCUGGACGAAAAGUAUCCGUUGGCCAGUACUUUGAACGCAAAUCUGGUGAUGUAGGAACGUUGGGGUACAAUGACAAAUUAAGAACAAGCUUUUUUGGUAUUGCUUCCGAAACUCCCGCAAGAAGUGGCAAACUACCAGCAUUAGUCGAGUCCGCUAUCUUGACGGAUGCAGCGUCGACGACAGACUCGACGGAAAAGGAGGAUAUGCGUAUUCCCAGUACAAGAGACACAGAUGCAAAUAGCAUCCUAAGCUUGAGUACCAUUGCCAAUACUUUACAAGAUGUUGAUAGCGGGACGCCACGACGAUUGGUUGAUCAGCUUUUAAUGGCGCAGAAAAAGAAGAGGAAUUCAGUGAUACAGGACAGAAGCGCGAGAAAAGAAACUUAUACGUUGAAAAGUCCUUCCAAUGAAAAGUCCAUCCUGCCUACUGAGACUGCUAAUAAAUUUGACGACACUAAUAUAGAAGCUCUUUCAGCCAAAUUAUUACUAGAUAGUAAAACUAACAAUAAAGCUGCCAACGAAACCGCUGAUGUAAAAGGGGAGUGUAUGAGAGUGUCAUUUCCUUCAAAUAAAAAUGUCAAGGAGGCUAAAUCCUUCGCAGAUGUAUCCGAAAAGAUAAUACACGACGAAACGUGUGAUGAAAGCGUUACAUCUUCCUUUAAUCCAGAUUUAGGUGUGUCGUCAACAUCAGAUUUUGAACCUUCGAACCAGCUUUUACGAGAUUCCACAUUACCGUGCAGUGACAAAUUGACUGCGUCGUCCAAUGUAUCAUUUAAAAUAAACAGAAAUAAUUAUAAUGAAAACUACAAGGAAUUAAAUAUACCAAAAGAAGCAAUAAGAAAAAAGGAUAUCUCUAACAGCGUGUUAGAUUCAUUGAAGAGUACAGAGAUACAAACUAAUUCAAGCAAGAAUGUUGUUCUUGGCAAGAAUACAAAAGAAUUAUGCCAUUGCAUUGUUGGUAUGACAAGUGAAGUUAAUGUUGAACUUAUAAACAAUGGAGGUAGAUGGAUUAGAUACAGCUUUAAGCUAAUUAAAGUGGUAGGAGAUGCGCAAAGUAUCGAAUUAGGUAUACCUCCGGAAGCGAUUUUAAAUUCUAAUGGAUCCCAGUCCACAAAGAUUGAAGUGAAAGUGACGAAGAUGUGCAAGCCAAUAUUUGUAGAAUUAAAAAUAUGUUUGUCAGACAUGGUGGCAAAAUCAACAUGGUCUAUACAGCACAUGAUCUUCGUUAAUCCGGAACAACCAGAUCUUGACAUCAUGUGUCCUUUUGACAAACGGGAAUUGGAUUUCCAAUACAUCACAGAGGAAACAACGAAAGUUUUACCCAUAACGUUGCAUAACAAAAACAACGUUGCCGUACCUGUAAAGCUCUCCAUACUACAAGAUGAAUCCAAAUUAUUCAGUAUCAAUGAACCAACCCAUUUAGUACUUGCACCACUUGAGAAAUGUACCAAAAAUGUUAUGUGUAAGAAACCGCGAUCAACAAAUUCUCCGCAGAGACUGCCACAACAGUGGAAGAGCAACCUAAUUGUAUGUGUACAAUGCAUGAAUGACACUGUAUUACUCAGGAAGGAAGUGCCUCUUUACGCACAAUCUGGUAUUUGUAAAAUUCAAAUUGUCGACACAGAAGUGCCUAUAGUCGUUACGAGGCAGCAAGGAAAAUUGGUACAUAUCGUCAACUCGGGGAACGUAGCGACUCACGUGUCCGCUGCUGUCGUGCAAAUUGAAGGGCAUCCGAUCACGAUGCAAGAUUUUUCUGUUAAACCAGACAAUAUGUUCUUACAAGUCGGAGAAAGAGGGUCAUUCUUAAUUGUAUAUAGACCACAAUUUUUAGAUGCAAAUUCUGUAAAUAGCGAGAGAUACGCAAAGAUGAAGUUAGUUGCCGGGAACAACGCUUACCACUAUAUCAUAAGUACCGAACGAAGAGAAGAGGAAGAUAAUUAUUUACGUUGCCAUACACCUAACAACGUUGCAUCAUUAAGUCCAGCAACAUCGCCACAAAGUGUAGCAUCUAAUAAAUCUGGACCUUGCGAUAGAAAUUCACCAAUUAGUACGGUGUCUAGUAUAGCUGUAGCGGGAAACAUAAUUCCGAUCAGAGCUACACACGCUGCCCUGGUAUGGAAUAGUGUGAAAACAGGAAAAAGUGAGACUAAGGAAUUUACGCUUCGAAAUACGAGUAACAACAAAAUCAAGAUUCAAAUCGACAUAUGUGACGAUAGUAAAAGCUUUAAGUUUGUUGGAGAUAAACAGGCUAUCAACACAAGCAUGGUACUGGCAAUGCAACGUCAAGAAAGUAAGACAUUCGCAGUUGCGUUCAGUCCGUAUUGCGUGGGUCCAGUAGUUGGAAAAAUUACUAUCAAACAUUAUACGAAAGAAAGUAGCGAUUCUCAACAGUACAAAAAAAUUCCUUUGUAUGGACAUGGUGGCUACAGCAGAGUGAAGAUUACAAAUACAUUUAAAGAUUCGAGCGGAAAAAUAUGGUUGUCACUUGGCAAUUUGUACUCUGACACUACGACUUUGAGCGCAAAUAUUAGAUUGGACAACGUUGGCGACUUACGUUCGUUCGCCAAGAUCACAGUUAUACCGAAAGUUAUUUUUCCAACAAUGAAUUCCAGUUGGUCUGUAAAUCCGAAGGAAAUAAUACUUGAUUCUAAGGAAUCUCAGCUAAUAGCAAUACGAUUUCACCCGAAGAAAGAAGACCUGGCGUUAUUGCAACGCUCGCAGACGGAAGUGACGCACGUUGCAACGAUAAACGUCACCUACGGCGAUGAACCGACUCGUUGGCGAAUACGCAGAUUAUACAACAAAAUAAAAGAGUCAGGUGAAUUGACUCUGAAUGAGGACGAGACGUUCAAGAAUAUUGUGUAUCCCAUAUGUAAAGCUUUCCCCGGUGAGCAACUAAUUCCCGGUUUAACGUCAAUUCGCGACUCUAUCCAAAAUCUAAGCGAUCUGUGCACCGGCGUUCAUCAGUCCGAGAUAAUGUUAACAGUGGAAGCGUGCGCGGACGAUACUCUGCCUAUACAUUAUACCGACGAAUCGGAAAUGUAUCAGUCCCUGAUAAGCGACACUACACUUGUUGACGAAGGGGGUGGAGCGAGUUUCUUCGCUUCUCAAACGAUAGAACACGAGAAUCAACACGAGUUGCAAGGGGAUCAAUUCACCGUAACUCCGUCCACCAUCGUACUCACUCCUCCGAUACGGAACGAAGCGACCGUGACUGUACUUAACUUCUCCAAAGCGGCCGAGUCAUUCGAGACGAGCUUGUCGAAUUCGAAACAUUUCAGUGUGGUCCCCGCGGAGGGGAUGUUGCCCAGCAAAAAGAGCUUUUCUCUGAAGAUACAGUGUUCGCAGAAAAUCGAUCGUAAUAUGCAGGCUGUGCUCGAGAUAUACACGGAGAAUAACAAACAGGAUGUGUUGAUCAAAGUCGUCGUGAGGCGAUAAUCCGAAUAUAUUCGCGACAAUCGAUUAUUUAUUUAUAUUGUAACUGAAAGUUUAACAAAAUCGAUAUUUUAUUAAUGCAAGACGAAUUUCUA